AUGUCUAGUGAUACUGAUUGUCGUUCAGUAACAUGUCAAGCUUCUCCGAAUAUUGCACUAAUAAAAUAUUGGGGUAAACGAAACGAGGAAUUAAUUUUACCCGAUAAUGAUUCUCUCAGUAUUACACUUGAUACAAAUGAUAUGCAUUCCUAUACAACAGUUUCGACAUCAUCAUCUAUGACAUGUGAUACAUUUUAUUUUGAUGGUGUUCAGCAAACAAAACUUGCUUCACGAAUGCAAAAAGUUCUUAAUGAAAUUCGUCGUAGAACAAAAGAUGAUAAAAUAAAAUUUGUUGAAAUUCGGUCUCAUAACACAUUUCCGGCAUCAAGUGGUCUGGCUUCAAGUGCAUCAGCAUAUGCAAGUUUAGCUAUAGCUUUAACAAAUCUAUUCAACCUUGAUGAUUCGCAAUCAACAGCUGCCUAUUUAGCACGUAUUGGCAGUGGCUCAGCUGUACGAAGUAUUCAUGGUGGUUUUGUUCGAUGGUCAAGUGAAGGCGAAUGUCUUUCGUCAUGUGUUUUUCCGGCUGAGCAUUGGUCAGAACUUCGAAUUGUCAUUUUAAUAUUUAAUUCAAGUAAGAAAGCAGUUUCAUCGACUGACGCUAUGCAACGUACAAGACAAACAUCAACAUUAUUUCAAGCACGUCUUUCGACAAUAAAUGAAAAAAUGACUCAGCUAAUAGAAGCAAUUAAAAAUAAAGAUUUCAAUACGUUUGCAAAAAUUGUUAUGAUGGAUAGUAGUCAAUUUCAUGCUGUAUGCAUGGAUACGUACCCACCGGUUAUCUAUCUCAAUGAACAAUCGAAACAUUUAAUUCAUCUUGUUCAUGCUUAUAAUCAAAUGGACGGAGAUCAAACAACGAAAGUUACUUAUACAUUUGAUGCUGGACCGAAUCCAUUUUGUUUCAUUCGACAAGAACAUGUUGAUGAAUUUUUGAGACUAUUAAAAUAUUUUUAUCCAACAGUGAAUACUGAUGUUGAUAAACAAGUAUCGUCGGAUGCUGACGAAAAAUUUUCGUCCAUUACUUUACCGAUUACGCCAAAUGUUCUGGAACGAAUUGUUCUAACAAAAAUUGGUAGUGGUCCGAAAAUAAUUUCUUGA